UUCAACUACAAUAGUCUCAUCGAUGACAGAUUUUUGGGAUCUCUGACUGACUGACACACAGACACAGUUAGAAAUAUCCAAUAGGGAGUCUCAUAAUUUUCUUGGCAUCCAAUGCAAGCUUGAGAGCAUCAGCAGCAGCUGUUCAUUUUCUUAAAAGUUCACAAUUCAAGAGAGGAGGCCAAAUACAGGAAUGAAAAUUUGUGGGCACGCACUCGGAGAUUGUCUAAAGACUCUAAACUGGGAUCGGGUGUUGUUUUAUAAAUGAACUUCUGGAAUCUGAGCAUUACAUGUUUCCUUGAAGUUCUUGCUCUUGUUUUUUGGUAGAUCAAACGAGCGUGCUAAAAAACUUCCACUCGAGUUCAGUGAACGAAGUUUGCAAUGGACUUUCUGGCUCUAUUCAUUGUGGCAUUGAUGCCAGUUCUGCAGACACUCUUAGUUACGGCUGUUGGUCUAUUUCUUGGAAUGGAGCGUAUAAAUCUCUUGGGGGCAAUUUCCAGGCAGUCUUUGAAUAAACUAGUAUUUUUUGUGUUCACUCCUUCUCUGAUCGUCAGCGACCUAGCCGAUACAAUUACAGUAAACAGUUUGGGAACCUUAUGGUUCAUGCUAGUGAAUAUCCUUAUUACAUUCCUUAUUGGUUCUGCACUUGCAUGGAUACUCAUAAAAAUCACAGGAGCUCCUCAACAUCUGCAAAGCCUUAUCAUUGGUUGUUGUGCUGCAGGAAAUUUAGGGAACUUGCUUCUGAUUAUCCUCCCGGCAGUCUGUGAGGAGGAUGAUAGUCCAUUUGGAGAUUCUUCUGUUUGCUCUACUGAUGCAGAGGCUUAUGCUGCUCUUUCUAUGGCGAUAGGUGCAAUAUAUAUAUGGUCUUAUGUGUAUCCUAUCAUGCGGAUAUAUACAAACAAGGCAACUAAAGACACUGGCACGUAUGGCUCUACGACAAGGGAUAACAUUUCAGGAGAAACCUCGUAUUUACAUUCAGAGAUUGGCACAGAACCGCUCCUUCCUUCAGAGGGUUGCCCAAGCUCAGAGGAGUGUAUGGAUCAAGUUGAAGUCCAUUCGACUGGAUCCAAAGGAAAAGCAAAGGUAAUGUUUCUGGGAAAGACUAUGCUGCUCCUUAAGAAGCUUACUGGGCAUGUGGACCUCGAAAAAUUGUUUGCGCCGUCUACAAUUGCAGCAAUUUUUGGGUUUAUCAUCGGAAUAGUCUCUCCAAUUCGAAAGGUACUGAUUGGUGAUGAUGCUCCUCUUCGUGCCAUCUACAACUCUGCAAGUUUGUUAGGGGAAGCAACAAUACCAUCUAUGACACUGAUAAUUGGAGCAAACCUUCUUGGAGGUCUAAAAGGUGCCGGAGUAAGUCCAUCACUCAUUGUAGGGAUUAUCGCAAUUCGGUACAUCAUCAUGCCUUCACUGGGUAUUGGUAUUGUUAAGGCUGCAAACCAUUUUGGCGUAGUGGGAUCAGAUUCAUUAUAUCAGUUUACACUUAUGCUUCAGUAUGCUCUUCCACCUGCAAUGAGUGUAGGUACCAUUUCUCAAUUGCUUGAGACAGGAGAAAGUGAAUGCUCUGUCAUUAUGCUAUGGACUUAUGCUGUGGCAACAUUCUCUCUGACACUAUGGUCGACCAUCUUCAUGUGGCUUGUUUCUUAAUCUGGAUUACUUGAUUCGUUUGAUGGCCUGAAAUCAUCUUCAACUCAGUCCUAUCAACUUUGUUUUCGCAUAAAAAGAAAAAUUGCUAGAUACUACAUCUUCAUCUCAGUCCUAUCAGUUAUCUGUUGUGUUGGUGCAAUAUUAUCUAUAUCAA